UAUCCACGAGAGCAGAGUAUUUUUCUGAAUAUUUUCAGGAUCACAAUUUUUCACAGCCUUCUUUGCUCAUAUUUACCACAGGUGCCAAUAUUAACGGAGGGCGCUGUAUUAUUACAGACCCUGUUAGAAUAGUGAUAAUAUAAUUCUAGAAUAGAAUUAUAUCAUUUUUAUGUAAAUCAGAGUUGUUUACGUAACUCUGUUACGUAAGCUGUUGGACUACUGAUCAGAAGGUCAUGAGGUCAAAUCCCAGCACCACUUAACUUCCACUGCUGGGCCCUCGAGCGAGGCCCUUAACCCUCAACCUCCCAGCUGUAUAAAUGAGAAAAAUUGUUGACUGUCGUCUGAUUGCGAGAUAACUUCACCCCAAAGGCUCUUCUAAGAGUCACGGCACUGAGCGCCUUUGGCUUUGUUUCUCCGUCCGCACUCAUGCCUCGUUUGAUGAAACUGUUCUUUCUCGUCCUCCUCGUCUUAUUCGUCUUCGUUUCACCUUCCGAAGCGAAAAAGAAGACGAAGCAGAAGUCCGGCGAGGACAAAAUCCUGAGCUCCGGAGACCUGAGCACUAAAAAUGGCGACCGCUGCACCUGGCAAACUCGAGAGGGCAAAAACAACAUGGUGCUCCAGAUCAAAUGCUCCACCCACUCAGAGGAGGCGGUGCUUGAGUCCACCAAUUACGAGUGUGAGUUUAAGGGAAAACCGAACGAAUGCCCCGCCUACGUAGACAAACCCACGCAAUACUGGAAGCAGGUUUUAGGGAAGCUGAAAAGGCAAUCGAGCUGCAAAGGAAUAAAAGUGCUGAAGGCCAACAUGUGCAAAAACGCCCCAAACACCUCCCACAUGAAGCUGGUGAGGGACAAGGAGGAGAAGAAAGACGAGGAGCUUAUGAUGAGAGACGAAGGGAUGUCGGACGGAGAAGCGGAAACGGAGAGCUACUGUGCGGAAGGAUGGGAUCCCUUCUGCCACUUCUUCACCAAGCUCCUGUAAAAAAUAUUAACCUUCUGGGAAAAUACAUGUUACAAGAUAAUUCACGUUAAAUAUAUUAACUCCCACUGACACGUCACUGUGUAACACGUUCACACAAUCAGAAUUCACUGCUGUGAGGAAAACCGUCAGCUGCAAGCUGCUGAGGAAAAACUAGCACUAAAUAUUAGCAUUAAAUUACAGCUGAGUAUUAGCAAGAACAUUUCUGUCACUCUUUUUAAAAAUGCUAAUCAUAAAUCUUCCCACUUCCUGUUAUUGUUGUUGUUGUUGAUGUUGUGUGCUUUUUUUUUUAUUUCACCUCGUAUAUUUGACAGAAACUAGCCUCUGUCCUAAAUGCUAGUCAUGCCUAAUUAGCGUUGUAUUUUAGGAAAAUGCUAGCACACAGAGCCCAUUCCAACAAAACUUCCUGAUGCUCAUAUGAAGUUAUUCUCAGUUGCAGAGUGAUCAUGUUUUUACCCACAAUGCACCAAGAGUGUUAGUUCAUUUUAAUUAAAAUAAUUAAAGUGAAUAAAAUGAAGAAAAACACGCAAAAAAGCUAGCUAAAUUUACUUUAAGAUAGCAACUGAGCUGAUGUGUUUAGCGUCCCAGUAUCUUCUAUCAGGAUGUAGCUAAGUGUGCUGAUUUAAGUAGUACGCUAAUCAUGCGUGCUAAUCGCUAAUUAGCACAUUAGCUAACAGGUUACAUUAGCACAAAGUACAAAGCUUUUUUAGCGCUCUUUUGUUUGUAUUAAUGUUAAUAGCAGCUUUUUAGUUGCACGCUAGCAUUUAGGAUACAGCGCUAAGCUAACAACUUUGGAAGAGGAAGUUAGAAUGCUACGCAGUCUUAUAUAAUUAGCAUGGCUUAGCUUAGCAAAGCAUUACUGGUGUGAUUUCAUUGUAUAUGUAGUGUUUUGACUAAACGAUUUAUUUCAGCUUUGUAAAUCUUUUCUAAUGGUCAAUAAACUAAGUAUUCGUGUUUAAGACGAGGUUUUCCAUUCCUUUAUUUUCCCUUCCUUUUGCUUUUGCU